AUGGUGAAGUCGGUUGUCUUCAGACCUCCCCCUAGGUUCAGUUUCUUCAUGGAGUUCGUCCCAGACCACGAUGAUGAUGCCUUCUGCUACCGCUUGGACCAUGACAACGAGUCGGGCUUGUUUCAGGUGCCUGAUCCACCACUGGUGCUGCACCAUGAGAUAGAUGUGGAGGACCACACGAACUUCUCGCUGCAGAAGGAGCUGAUGGCUCUCAUGAUGACGGGAGGAGAUCUUGGAGUUUCUGCUUUUCCUGAAGGGGAUAGCAUAUUUAAUUGGAUUGGAACUAUUGAAGGCGGAAAAGGAACUAUGUAUGAGGGCCUAUCUUACAAGCUCUCUUUACGUUUUCCGUUCGAUUAUCCUUUCAAGCCACCUCAAGUUAAGUUUGAGACAAUGUGCUUUCAUCCGAAUGUGGACCAGUGUGGAAAUAUUUGUUUAGACAUCCUUCAGGACAAAUGGUCCUCGGCUUAUGAUUGCAGAACCAUUCUUUUGUCUAUACAGAGUCUUUUAGGAGAACCUAAUACUGAUAGCCCUCUCAACAGCUCUGCUGCUUCACUUUGGAGGAAUCAGGAAGAGUACAAGAAAACGGUUCGCAAGCAUUACAUGGCUGGAGAAUCCUUUGAGAUCUGA